AUGUUUGAAGCGUUUUUAGCACAACCAGGAAACCGAAGCAUCAAUCGACAUCUGCACGAUACUCUUUUGCAGACUGUUCGUAUGGAACUACUUGGCUCUAAAUCACCCGACCAAGCUGCUAAACUUGUUUCUUUUCUAUUGCAAACUUGGAGAAUGCCAACUCUUAGUGAACCCAUACCCGGCCGAGCAACUGCGAUUGAAAUGGCCUGGAAAACUGGAAUUCAUAUUUUGAGAUCCAAGGCUUCAUCUCGGGAUUGUUUAGAGGAAAAUACUAUGCAAAGCGACCUUGCUGUAGAAUCUGAUGAGCACACAACAGCUGCAGAAACAGAGAUGGCUAAAAAGAUUAUCUCGUUUCUUUUUUCAGUCACUACAGUUGAAUCUAAGCAAAAAAGUCGGGAACUUGUUCUUGAGUGGGCCUUGUAUUGUAUUCGAUUUGGUAAUUUGAAGCCUGCAUACGAACGGCUGGAGAGGUAUAUUGGAUCAACUGCUACUCGUUAUUUUGAAUUGUGCUACGUAAAAUUCACCGCUCAUUAUAUCUUUGGUAGUCUAAUUGCCUUGCAUCCAUACAACGAACACUCAUUGCUAAUUGGUUGUGCUGGAAUCAUAUCCUUUCUUAUAUGGAAACAAGAAGGCAGCUAUUUGACAGACACGCAUUUUUUCCGUCAAGCAACAUCCCACUUGGAAGAAAGUUUAUUGUUGGAUCCUACUGCAGAUAUGUUUUCAUUAUUAUUGGAAACUAUGUAUAAAUUUGAUCAUCAAUUUGCUACUUUGGAAGCACUACUGGUUCGUAUGCAUAUCAGCAACCCAGACAACCCGAAUACUGCAAGACGUCUAUUGGAAUUUUAUCGAAUGCCAGACCAAGAAGAUAUUUAUAAACAAAAAUGGGUUACGUAUGCCGAAAAAUUGCUAGAGCUUGAUCCAUUAAUGGAUCCAGCUGUAGCCCUCGAGCCUCUCGUAUCGUUUUACAAAUCAACAAAUUCACCAGAAUCAAUCGUUAAAAUUCUAUCCAAUCGACUGGAUUAUGGUAUGGGGACAACUUGGAUGUGGGAAGAACUAUGCAACCAUUUGGAUGCAGAUAGUAUUGAUCCGAAUCAUUGGGAAGAUCGCAUACAAUGGUGGCCUGCGCUGCAUUUUUAUGAAACCCCUCCACUUGUGCCCCAAGAGCUUUUCGACUAUUUAAUUCAAUUUAUUAUAACUCUACCAAAUCGCUGUGGUGCUAAAGUAUACAUUAAACUGUCAAUAACAGAGCGUCGUGGUAUUCAGCUGCAAUUUGCCCAGAAAACUUUCAAGACUGAAUGGCUUUAUAAAAACCUUGGAAUUCCUUGGAAUCUCGGAUUUGAAAAUCGUCAAUUCAACAUUAAAACCAUCUUGACCAAGAGAAUCUCGACUUACCAAAAAAAAAGUGGUAUUUUUCCUCCACUAAAACUAGCUACAAAACUUCGACGAAUGCCACCGAAAAAAGAGUCCUUGCGUCAAAGUACUAGAAUCAGUGAUAAGCGUCAAGAGCGACGUAGUAGAAAAGCUAAUGCUGCCAAAUCACGCAAAUAG